UAACUUGAUAUAUAUAUAGUGACAGUAUACACAUAUUACAAAAUGUGGCAGAAUGAAGUUAAAGCUGAUAAUAACAAUGGCAGUGCAAGUUGGUAGUAUACCAUGCUUAUGAGAAAAGUAAGGCGUGAAAUGCUGCAUUGAACUUUACCGGAUAAGAAUAAUGCUUCUCCUAUACAUGAACAUUCUCUCGUUCAAUUCAAUCAGAUUCUCCACGUUUAUUAGCUUCAUGAUAAAAUUUCUAGUGUGCUUUAAGAGCAUGUAGUAAUGGAUUUGAGUUUGACAAGACGGUGGUUUUGAGAAAAGGCAAUCUUAAUAUAUAUAAGUACAAUUGGAAAAGUCAAAACAUAAAAAGGACUAAGAAUUUUCUUGGCGGCACAUGCAGAAGAAGAUAUUGACAUAUAGGAAGAGCAUAAGGAAGCUUCCUCUACCUUCAUUUUCUUCUCUAUAUAAGGGACCAAACCACAAACACCAUGCAUGCCAUCACAAAAUAGAAGCUUCUCUUAUUAGUCUUAAGAGUUGUAUAGAUAGCAUUUAGCAUAAUAACAUGGCUGCCAUUUCUCUUAGGCAUAAUACACAAGUGAACAACAAUGCUCAACUCCAACGUGAUGUGAUCACUGAGGAAAUCGAAGGACUCAUAAGAGUUCGAAGAGAUGGGAGAGUGGAAAGGCCACAAAUUGUGCCUAAUGUCUCCCCUGCAGUGACAUCAGAACGCGGUGUCACUGCUAGAGACAUUAUGAUCCACAAAGAGACCCAUUUAUGGGCACGAAUUUACGUGCCCUUACAAAGUUACCAAUGCAACAAUAAGCUUCCUUUGCUUGUUUACUUCCAUGGUGGAGGAUUCUGUGUUGGUUCUGCAGCUUGGUCUUGUUACCAUGAGUUCUUGAUCAAUCUUGCUGCCAAAGCAAACUGUGUCAUUGUGUCCAUAGACUACAAAUUGGCACCGGAGAAUCGCCUUCCGGCUGCAUACGAUGAUGGAACCAGUGUUCUCAAUUGGGUGAAAAGAGAAGCACUCAAUCCCUCUAGUGUGCAAAAUUGGUGGCUGAGCCAUUGCAACAUAAAUUCCAUGUUCCUAGGUGGUGAUAGUGCAGGAGCUAACAUAGCUUUCAAUGUGGCCACAAGAAUAGGAUCAUCAAGCACCAAUAUGUCUCUAAAGGGUGUCAUAUUGAUCCAACCUUUCUUUGGAGGAGAGGAAAGAACAAUGUCCGAGAAGAAUUCUCAUCAUCAGCCGCCGAAUUCGGCGCUAACUUUGCCGGUUUCUGACACUUAUUGGCGCCUAGCACUUCCUCUUGGAUCCAGCCGUGACCAUCCAUAUUGUAACCCUCUUGCAAAUGGCACAACCAGAUUGAGGGAGCUGAGGCUUCCUUCAAUUAUGGUAUGUGUCUCAGAAUUGGAUAUACUCAGAGACAGAAACUUGGAGUUUUCAACUACUUUGGCAAGAGCAGGGAAAAGGGUUGAAACAGUUAUGUACAAAGGUGUAGGCCAUGCAUUCCAAGUGCUUCAUAACUAUCAGCUUUCACAUUCUCGGACACAAGAGAUGAUAUCUCAUAUCAGAGCAUUCUUGAUUAACCAAUAACUCUGCACUGCAUGAAUUGAUGAAACUUCUUCUGCAUGUUUUAGUUGUAUGUCAACAAAUUUAUAGUUUUAUACUGAUACUGUUAAACAUGUUAGAAUGCUAGUUCUGAUAUAAUAUAUUUGUCACUAAGCUUUUAACAAAUAUAGAUGAUAGGAGUCUGGGAAUUUUCAAAAUUGAUCUAGUGUUAUUAUUAUAUUAUGAUGAUUUGUGAAAUAGGAGUCUUAUUUAUAUUGAUGAACUUAUUUGGUAUAAUAACUAGUAACUACAGCUACGUUGAACUAGUUUCAAACUUUCAAUGCAACACGAUAAAAACACGGAAAUGAAACAGAAUCGUAAAAGGGAGAUGGGCCUUAUUAUUUGUGAGUAUCUUUAUUCUUUCUUUUGGAAUUCGUCUUUAACUAACCAUGCUCUGAAUGAAUGCCAUAUUGAACUCUUUCUUCGUGGAGGAAUAUGACUAUGGGUCAUAGGACCUUCUUUUGAACGAAUGAUGCUUUGCAAGGAUAUAAUUGUGCUAUAGGACCACAAUGGGAGCAAUAGGAAAGAAAUAGUUUUUGGCACCUGUAGCUGAAUUGCAUCAAUAAUGACAUCAUACCUGGCCACCUUAGAAUUCAACAAAAUGUUUUUCUUUUAAAUAGCACAAGCAAAUAUGCAGUAGAAGCUACUAGGCUAUCGAUUCAACGUGGAGGAAGUUUCUUAAUUUCAAAGUGUAAUAAACUCUUCAAAAACAAAUUUGGCGCAUAAAAGAACACAUUAAAACUCAUCACAUCUGCCCCCAGCAGUGGACUAGAGAAAGGUAAAAUAGGUUUGUUGACCAGCUGGACUAGGGUGAGUCGGGUCUCCCAACAGUCAAACACUAUGCUAGCAACUCGCCAAGUUGAAAAUGAAAUUGAUUUUUCUACAAACAAAUUAAGAACUUAAUAAUUUUUGCAAGAUAAAACUUUUGAAACCAAACCCCUCUAAAUUUAAUGGGAGGCAGUCCCGAGAAUUUUGAUCUUGUUUUUGGAUUAUGCAUUUAUGCUUUAUCUGAGUGCUAUACCUUGUCAAUUCAGACGUUUAACAAACAUGUAAUCAUUUUCUUAUCUGACCUAGACCACUCACUCGACUUGAACCCUCGGGAAGCAAUGAGCAAACUGAAAUUAAACUAGUUAAAUUAACAUAUCUAUAUCUUUUAACAGAUACAAAAUGUGCGAGUCAAUAAGCCCGUAUGUAGCAGAAAGCCAGGAACUCAAUCAUAAAAAGAAGACACAUUUAGUUUGUAAAAAAAUAUCCUGUAGUUCGACUGUUUCCAACAAAGAACAUGGCAAAAACUUCUG